AUGCUGCGUCUGCUGGCGUCCACCUGCGCAAGGGGCCUGGGGGGUGGCUGGGGCUCGCGGAGACUGGUUCCCGGGGGCCGAGCGCGUCCGGUCGCGGGACUCUGCGACCCCAGCCGCCGCUUGAGCCGCCAGGCCUCCGACGCCCCCCGGAACCAACCCCCCAGUUCCGAGUUCGUGGCCCGGUCGGUGGGCAUCUGCUCCAUGAUGCGGCUGCCGGUGCAGGCCUCUCCCGAGGGGCUGGACGCCGCCUUCGUCGGGGUGCCGCUGGACAUUGGGACUUCCAACCGGCCUGGGACGAGAUUUGGACCCCGACGGAUCCGAGAAGAAUCAGUGCUGCUGAGGACUGCCAAUCCUAGCACAGGAGCUGUUCCCUUCCAGUUCCUCAGGGUUGCAGACCUAGGCGAUGUGAAUGUCAAUCUUUACAACCUUCAGGACAGCUGCCGCCUGAUUCGAGCGGCCUAUCAGAAAAUCGCAGCAGCCGGCUGUGUUCCUCUGACCUUGGGUGGAGAUCAUACAAUCACCUAUCCUAUAUUGCAAGCGAUAGCAGAAAAGCAUGGUCCUGUGGGGCUGGUGCAUGUGGACGCUCACAUGGACACAGCCGACAAGGCCCUAGGGGAGAAGCUCUAUCACGGGACCCCCUUCCGCCGGUGUGUGGACGAGGGACUCUUGGACUGCAAGCGUGUGGUGCAGAUUGGCAUCCGGGGCUCUUCCACGACCUUGGAUACCUACAGAUACAGCCGGAGCCAGGGCUUCCGGGUGGUCCUGGCUGAAGACUGCUGGCUGAAGUCACUGGUUCCUCUGAUGGGGGAAGUGAGGCAGCAGAUGGGAGGCAGACCCAUUUAUAUCAGCUUUGAUAUUGAUGGCUUGGACCCUGCUUACGCCCCGGGCACAGGGACACCUGAAAUUGCUGGUCUUACUCCUAGUCAGGCUCUGGAGAUCAUCCGGGGUUGUCAAGGCCUGAAUGUGGUGGGUUGUGACCUCGUGGAAGUUUCACCACCCUACGAUCCUUCUGGAAACACAGCCCUGGUGGCAGCUAACCUGCUGUUUGAGAUGCUGUGUGUUCUCCCCAAAGUGACAGUCGUCUGA